UAUGUUUCAUAGUUAUUAAACACCCAAACAAACUUUUAAGCAACAACCAUAAAAAAUAUACUAGUAGAUUCACUAAAAGACUUUUCCUUGCAAAUCUUUAUCACCUACAUAAUUUGGACAAUAAUAAAUGGCAAUAAUUGAAUAGGACGAUUAAAUUCCAUCUACUCCUCAGAAGAUUAAUUUAUACAAAGAAGUUAAAUUACUCAAUAUGCCUUCAUAAGGAAAUGAGAACAGUUUUAGAGGGAGCAGUUAAAAGACUCUAUUAGUUUCUGAUAGUCCAUUGGUAUAAAAUAAUAAAGAAAAUGGGUCAUCAAGUAGAAGAUUGUAUACAGACUCUACUUCAAUGGAUUUAAAUUCUUAGGCAGUAUUAUAAGAGAAUAGAAAAUUAAAUGAAAUGAUUCAGAGAUUAUUCAAGGAGAAAUAAGAUUUAGUUACAAUAAUAGAUAAACAAAAGAAUACAUAAUAUAAUAUAAGUAAUUAAGGAGGAGAUAAUUUAAAUUUGAAUAAUUUAAAAGAGAGAAUUGAGAGAUUGGAAGGAGUUAUUGAUUUAUAAAGUGAAGAAAUUCUAUAAUGGAAAUAAAAAUAUAAAUAAGCUUGUGAAUAAGAUGAGAGAGCAUAUGCAAUAGAAUAAAUGGUAUUGAUAUUAUAUUAUUAAUUUAGGAAUCUUAAAUUAUGAAAGUUGUAGAGGAGAAUGAGAGAUUAAAUAAUUUGGGAAAUGAUAAGGAUAAAUAAAUAUAAGAUUUAAGCAAUGAAUUAAUAACAAUGUAGAAAAGAUUGUAGGAAUAAGAAUAAAAAAUAAAGGAUUAAUCAAAUUUAAUAAUUGCAUAUGAAGAGGAUACAAAAGAAUUAAAAAGAUAAUAUAAAUAGAAAUUAAAUUUGAUUGAAAAACUAGAGUAAUAGUAAUAGUAAUAAUUACAAUAAAUACAUUAAUUACAGUAAAUAUAGAAUUAUAGUGAAAUAUCUUCACAUUCUUCAUUUCAUGAAAAUAGGGAUCACUUUUAAAUUAUUUUAGAAUAGAUUCAGUUUUUAGAACAAACGUUAUCUGAAUUAUCUACAUAAUACACUUCAUAAACAUUAGAAAAUUAGAGGUUGUUGAGAUAAAAUAAUAAUUUAAAAGAGGAAUUAAUAUUACAAUAAAAAGCUUUGGAUGAGAUUCGUAAUAGUUGUAGAGGAGCUGUGAAUCCUAAAUUUUAAGAUGCUAAUAAAAGUUUAAAAUAAAUAAAGGAAAAGAUUGCAAAGUCAUAAUAGAAAUGA